UCUCAAACAAUUAAACAGAAGAUGAACAUAUAAGAAAAGUAAUUAAACAGAAGAAGUUCUUCACUUUGAAUGAUGUUAAUUGCAGUCUAAAGUGUUGGAGGGCAAACAAAGAUACAAGUAUCGCACAAGUUACAGGCAGUUCAACAUCUGCAGAAAUUCACAUAACAGAAUGCUCAUUAACCCCAUCAUUAAGUGUUCCUUUCUCAAAAUCGCCAUCGAACGUGCCCUUAAAGUUAACCCCAUCAUUGAGAACUAAAUGUCGAGAUGGAACAUGAAUGGAAUGCUGACUAUAUCAUUUAGCAGCACACUAAGCUGGAAAAGAAAGCACAACAGGGCCACAAAGCAUACAAAGUUUAGAGUUGGAUUUAGCUUGACUAAUCUAAUAAUCUAUACAAUUAUGGCGGGGAUAUCGAUAGAUGGGUGGAGUAUGUAAUAUCAAAGAGAGUUGAAUGUCUUGAUCUAACCUUCUAUGUGCGCUGUAAAGGGGGAUACAAGCAAGCUGUAUGUUUUCUCAGAGGCGUGUUACAAUCACAUCAAGACUCGUCGACUCCCGAAGCUGGCCGGCGGCGGUGAAUGAAGUCCCUCAGAUCCUACGCUGCUGCUGCUGCUACUGGCCGGCGGCGGUGAAUGAAGGAUCCAAGGAGGGAGGAGGCACUACGACUCGUCGACUCCCGAAGCUGCUAGGGCUGCCGCUGCGUCUCAUGGUCUCAGUGCAGUGGGUAAGGGCCGAAAAUUAGUUUUGAAUUGGGCUGGGCCUGGGCUGAAUUAAAUCUGUCUUUGUACUUUGAAUGGGUACAACGGGUACCCAUAUUACCCAAACGGGUAUUCGCGGGUAACCCGCGGGUACCCAUAUUAGGACUGUACAAUUCCAAGUCCCAUCCGUUUAAAAUAUUACGGGUAAUAUGGGUACCUGUAACCCUUAAAAAACGGGACGGGUACGGGUAUACCCAAAUACCCGUUUCCCGUUGCCCACCCUAACAUAGAAGAGAAGGAUGGUACCACCAUCGAUGAUGAAUGCAUCUCCUUAGAAAUUAGAUGCACCGUCCUAUGAAUGCCAAUUAGGCUCUCUCAAGCUGAGUGACUCUUUGCUUGAGUUCUAUAGAGUGAUUUGAGUUACUAUUUGCCGCCUCCUGAAUCCUACAACCUUAUCCUCUAUUUAUAGUGGAACAAAAAGGGGGUGUAUAUGUCUUUUCCCCCCAAAAAGCGAAAAAGGUGUUUGCUACCACUAGGAUUUGGAUUCCUUGAUUUGGGGACAAAGUAAAGAAUAUUCCAGAAGAUUUCACGAGCGACAGUCGAGCCGCCGUAGAUUUUCCUCUGAAUUUAACUUUCUUGGCUCACAAGUAAUCUCCCCAUGGAUUUUCAAUGUGACUUGAUGGGUGUUGCCCAAUGGUGGUUGGCACCAUCACAAGACCGUCGUGGGUUUUUGUCCAGGAUUGGGAUAAAAUUUCUCUAGUAGACUUCUCUUGGGCUUACAUGAUGACAUCAUGAAGACUUCCCCACCAUUUAUUUGUUUAAUUGAUGAACCUUGAUCUUCUAGUAAUUAUCCCUUCCUAAUCCUCCAACUUGAUCCAAUUGUCGAUCCAAAUCAUCGUAGAUUGUGUUUGACCUUGAAAAGCACAAAAUAAUACCAAAAAGGAAUAAAUGAUACAAAAACACAUUCUAGGUCUAUCAUAAGCACGUUGAUCCAAUAAUUAUGAUAUUCACAUCAAACAUAGCAAAAUAUACUAAAAACGCAUCGAAAGAAGAGGAAAAUGUAUCGAAUAUGGUUAUAUCAAACACAAUAAUUUGAGUGUGCAUCAUAAGGCUCUUACUAAUUUAAACUUCUAAUAACCAUCUAAGAGUCAAAUAAUUAUACCCAUACACAACUUCAAGCCGCGAAUAGUUAGUGAUACAAUGAAACCUCAUGAUUAUAGUCAAAUUUAACAUAAGGCAAGCAUCCUUUCCAAGUUUUAAUUUUACUCUUUAUAACAUCCUGACGCAUUUGAGAUAUGGUCAUAUUGACUACUUUAGUUUUGUCCAUCAAGUAGUAUAAUAUAGCAACUUAGUCGCCAAAAGACUCCAUUAACCUUUCUUUCCGCAUUAGUUGAAGAUUUAAUGCAGGUUUUUAAUAUGUUCAAAUCUAAGGAACUUGCAUCUAAAACUAAGAUAAGUGUAUACCGAUGAGAAAGGGCAUCAACUACUCGUUGCCUUGAUUACAUCUUAAGAAAUAAGGAAAUGGUUCAAUGAACUCAACCUAAUGAUCAUGUAAUUUGUUGAUUUUGUGUUGUGCCUUGAGAUACUUCAAAUAUUCACGAUCAGUGUGGAUAACAAACACUUUUGGUCAAGAAUCUACACAUAAUAUAAUACGCCGAAGGGAAAAACGGGAGCCCCAUUUCAAAUUUCCUGCAACGAGAGUGAAAGUAGGAAGGACAUUUUGGUCUUCACAAUUACUUUUUUUUAUUCAUUAAAAAAAACGUACUGGGAUUCGAACCAUGACCAUUUUAAAGAAAAACAAGGAUAAUAA